AACGUCCACCUCGUUUACUCUCAAGGGCUUAUACACAAAGUCACAAUAACGACCUUCAUUUGUACCGCUCUUGAUAUGGUUGCUACCUCCGACGUUGUUCUUAUCAUUGUUGCUAUUCUCUUUCCCCCUGCGGCUGCAGCGUUCGUUACGGGAUGUAGUUGUGAUUUGUUGAUCAACAUUUGCUUGACAAUUCUUGGAUACAUUCCUGGUCAUCUACACGCCUUCUGGCUCAUAUACAAGAAGAUGCGGGCAGAGGAGGAAUAUGGACGUGGAGGUUUCCAAUAUGUUGGCAAUGGCCAAUACGAACCUAUCAAUACCCCUCCUCCUGGCGUCGCACCUCAAGCACCUGUUAACUAUGGCGCUACCGGCGGAAACUAUGUUCGCUAGGACUGUUGCUCGCCCUCUCGCCCCUCCUCUUUCUCUACGGACGCUUAUCUAUGUUCUAUUGUGAUCUUACUGGUGUAUACCAAGGACUGGCGGUCGGAAUAUACACGACUUCUUCGC